AUGGUGGCAGCUAUUGCACGUAUAUUUAUUCUAUUAGGACUUAUGAUAGCAUAUGCGCAGGGCGCUCUUGUAUCCACAUACCAGUGCGCUGGGGUGAGUAAGUAUAAUUUUAAGCUUGCACCAUUUGUUAUAGAUGUGGCCUUGGAUGAAGAAGCAGAAAUCUUGAAAUUUUUCAUCAAUUCUAAAGUAUAUGAUUCAUCUUCAAUGUCUAAUGAGGGUGUCAUAAUUAAUGAUGUCAAUACUACAACAAAUAAAUACACCACAUUUCAUGUUGAUAUAAAAUUCAUGGGUAAAACUUUCAUUAAUGAAGAUGUAAGGUUUUGCGAUAUGUUAGCAGUGAAACAUACAGAAGACUACAUUUCAAGUCCAAGAAAGAUAGAGGAGAUAGAAAACAAUCUUGCUACUUAUUCAGGGGCCAUAGCAAGCAAAUACUUAAAUAAAGAUGCUUCUCAUUCAGGAAAUGAUGAAACUUAUUCUUUAGCGACGUCGAAUAAAACAAUUGAAAGCUUUUUUGACAAUUCAACGGGAAGUCUAGUACAAUGCCCGCUAUAUGCAAAUGACUCGAUUGUGAUGUAUUACGAAGUUGAUAUUAGUGACCAUUAUCUUAAACUAGGUAGCUACACCGUUAAUUUCUAUGUGUUUGCGAAUGAUGAUUCAUCUGAGUUAAUUGGUUGCAAUAGAGCAUAUGUUACCCCAGAGCAUUCAAAUGACGUAAAAGCUACCCUUUCUAUAGGUGUCCCAGUCUUGUUAGUCGUCACAGGAUUGAUAAAUUUUUUCACGGUGAUUUAUUCAUCCCAUCAAGAGUCGUCAAAUCCAUUUUUGUUUGUGGCGUCCACAAUAUGUAAUGAAAAUUUAUUGAAACAGUUAGAUGCAACGGUUGAAGAAAUUAUCACUUACCUACAAUUUGCACUAUUCAUUGGAGGGCUAGAUUUGCAGUAUCCAGGUUUCUAUCAACCUUUAGUCGGUCAAAUCCGUUGGUGUGCAUUAAUGGGGUUUGGGUUUUUUCGAAACGGAAUGUCUCGGCAUACAGAACUGGAUAAUAUCUAUGUUACUUUAAAUCUAGAUGGUUUAAAAAACUUAGCAACGUAUAGUAAUGAUCUCUCGUUCUACGAUUGUUGGCCAAACUUCAUACUUGCAUUAGUUAUUUGGACACUUAUAAUGAUUGUGGCACAUCAACUCUUUUUGAUACUAAGAAUAUCAUUUAGUUGGUUCUAUAAUCGAAAACGGAAAAAUUGUGGUACCAGAAACCAUGAAAAAUGCCUGGUUUCAAGCUCAAAUGACUUAGACUAUGAGUUCACAAUGAAGAAAAAUCUUUAUCAUAUAUUAGGUCAAGUAUUGAAGAAUUUUUUCACUAUGUUUGGUUUUCCCUUUUUAGUUUUAACUUCAUUCAUGCUUUAUAAUGCUGGUACCGUAGGUGGAAAAUAUAAAUAUUUCGCUAAUGAAUCUAACCUCCGGAGUAAUAUAUUCAGUGCUUCAGUUCCAUAUGAUAAAAUAUUUUCACCGAAUCUUAUUAUAAAUCCCUCUGAUGAAAUGGGAUCAGAUUCAAAUAGUUUAACUGGAAACAGUUUAAAUUUUACUACUCAAAGCUUUGCACCUAAUUCCACAGGGGUUGUGAAAAGUUCUGGAAACUACAUCAAGAUGCCUAUUGGAAGUAUGAUUGUUGGUUCAAUUUUAGUAGCAUUGUGGGUGGGAUUGGCCCUUUUCUUCGUGUUUAACUAUCUAAUAACUGUUAAUAAUUGGAGAAUUUGUAUUAAUAAAAAGGUCUCUCACUUAUAUACAUCAAUGAAAUCGAUUUUAAUGUGGGGCUUUUGUUAUUGCAAAUACCACCCUGACAAGGUUUACUUUGUCAUCAUUGAUCUACUGAUGCUUUUUAUUAAACUGUUGAUUAUCGGAUGUUUACAGUCUUAUGGGUCCGUACAAGUUUCACUAUUGAUAGUCAUUGAAUUUAUUGGUUUAGCUUUAUUAUUCGUAUUGAAGCCAUACUUCGUUAAGAUGACUUGGACUACGUCAAGGUGGAUCCUACCUGUUGCCAAACUUUUGGUAACUUGCUUAUGUAUACCUUAUAUUAGACAUUUGAACCUUAGUGAAUCUACUAGAACAUAUGUUUCCUUUGUUCAGUUGUCAGUCCAUGUAUUUGUGGCUAUUGUCUUCACCAUUCACUUACUUUACUGUCUUAUUAUUACCGUACUUUCUAUACUUAGGAAAAGACGAGAUAAAGUACAAUAUGAAAAAUGUGUUGGCAACUACAAGCAGUAUAACAGCAUUGAAGAAUUUAAUACUCAAUUCGAAUAUCAUCCUGUUGUUAACUCAAUUCCAUUAUUGCUUCAUGAGUCUGAAUGUAAUAUUCCUAAUAAAUGUGGUUAUAUUAAACAAACUCGAAAAAAUAAAACUGAAGAAACUGAAAAUGAUAUGGAAGAAGAAGAUCCAUAUUAUAGAACAAGAAGUGAAAAGCAAUUAAAAAAUAUACAUGAUCAAAUUCACAAUGGUUCUCGAGCAAAGAUUAGAGAUCAUAGCGACUUCAUUCUUGGAGAUGACUUAGAAAGCAUACAGGAUUCUAUACUUCAUUCAACAACCCAAUCUAUUUUGUCUUUUCAACAACAACAACAAUAUUCAAACUUAAGAAAACGAAAGAAUGAUUACACAUUUCGUGAGGGUGAUUUAAUAUAUAAGAAAUAUUUUUUUGAUGAUUCAAUUGACCCUGAAAUCAAGGCCUUAUGGGCAUCUAGAAAUAACUGGAAUUUUCUAAACACUCACCAGCCGCAUUCUGAUUCCAAGAAAGAUAUUAAACAAAAGGUUGAUGAUAAUUUAUUGAGAAGACAUAAUGAUACUUCAGAACAUCAUUAUUGGGAUCAUUUGAUCAAUAAGAUAAAAAGCUUAUUUUCUUUUAAACCUUUCGGUAGCAAAAAGCCAGAUGAGAACAGCUUCCAGGUCUCCAGACCUAGACCAUUAACAGUUAAGCCUUACGGUUAUUCUCCUGAAGAAGAUCGAGAUUCCACAAAAAAUUCCGAUCAAUUUUCGAGUUUUUCAUCUCCAUCAACCUCAACACUUCAAAAUAACAAAAAUAUCACAUAA